CAAACCUAUACAUCAGUCGUGCAUUACCACGUUUGGCUUCCUGUCCUAUGCAUGGCACCUACCGAAGCUUCGCUGCACCGGAGACCAAGAAGACCGCGAGGCUGGGACACGAAGUGGGUUCCUUCAAGCCAUCGAAACAUCAAAUUGACGCUGUCAAAGCGCGCGUUCUCUCUUGCGAAGCCUGCCACAAGGAUUCCAUCGGUUGUUGACGGACACACUGGUUUCCGUGGAUCGGUCCCUGUUAACAAGAUCACGCAGCCUACACUCACGGACAGAUAUACAUCGACGACAACACUGCAGCGCGAUAAUUUUUGGCUGAUCAAAGCAGUGACGCCAGAGACAAAGUUCACUUCACCCGCUGUGCAAUUAGCACUUACGCGGCACACUUCGCCCUGCCGAAGUAUGAAAAAACAAAACAAGCUAUUGUGACGUCAACAUGGCUGAAGCACCAACUGUGUAUUUUGGCCCCCAGCGUGCUGAACUUGAGUCGUUCUACCGGCUAGGUCAAGUAACUCAACGAAGCGAGGACGAUCCGGAGGACACGGAGGACUGUUUAGAGCUCAUGUACGAUCAGCUUUCGGAAGCAAAUGCUGCUCUGCUCCGGCGAGUGUUGAGCACAGGACCGCCCGUGACAUCGCUUAAUCUAUGCCGUAUCUCAAUAAGCGCGCUCAAAGUCGCUUUCGACGGCCUGGAGGAAUGCCCUCUGCUGAACGAACUCUCCUUUAGUAUCGACUGCAAAGGGAAUGACUUGGACACAAAUCUCACCGGGGUGAUUAGAACACUGCAUUCGUUGAUCUUGUGCUGCCAAAACACGGGCGCCGGAUACGCGAAGGAGGUUGCCAGCUACAUCCGACAGGGCAAAUACUUGACCGAACUAAGCCUCUACAACUCCUGCGGCGGCGACGAAGGCGUCGCAGUUCUCAUCGAAGCCCUUGCUAGAAACGAGACCCUCAAGAAGUUCAGUUUAGACGACAUGAAGUUGUCUUCGGACACCUUAAUCGCCUUCGCCAGGAUGCUUGCAACUAACACGACGCUGGAAGUCGUGGACAUCAGGGAAGUGUGUCCCGUCGACAGUGAUAAAGUCUUGUCAUUGCUGGAGCAGGAACGCUACUCUAAUGUAUUCAAAAGGCUUCAGAUCGUGUGGCCCGAGGAGCUUCUCCCGGAGCUCACCGCGCUCAUCCGCAGACAAGCGCACAGUCCCAGGUUGUCCGCAACCGUGACCUCUUCGGUCGACGAGGGUGUUCUUGGGAAGUUUUUCGACGCCGUGGCCGCAGACAAGACACUUCGAGAGCUCUCCCUUCUUCCCCAGCAACACACGUUCGAAGCUCUCGCGAACGGCAUCGCUUCCUUAGUGAAGCGUACAACGACGCUCCGCGAAAUCUGGGACUUCCACUUCGUCGAAAAAAGCAACGAACGCCAGCUCAUAGGCAUUCUCGAUGCCUUAAAGGAAAACCACUCCAUUUCACAGUUCACAAUGUACGCGCAAGCGAUGACGCCCGAACUGGCGACGUCCCUGUCGGGGUUGCUCGCCACGAACAACACGCUCAACGUCGUGCGCGUCUGCAACGACUGGGUAAUCUCGCCAAAAGAGCUGGAAACAGUCCUCCAGGGUAUGAGGGUCAACUACACCGUCAACGCUAUCAGGAUUCCUUUCUACGCCGACGACUCCGAGGGAACCUUCGAGAUGGAGGAGAUUUUAGAUAGGAACGCUCGUCUCUUGAAAAAGGCUGCGCAUUUCGUGAUUUUGCGUGCUGCCGUCAACGACGAGAAAGGCGUGGACGCUCUGAAGAAACUGCGCUCAAGCGCUGGCCUCGUGGAGAAGGUGCAACAGCUAACGGGCAAGACAGAAGAGGCGGCGACUGAAGCAAUUCAGUCAGCUCUAGCGCGCAUAUCGGCUUGAGUAUAAUGAUCGAGAAGCAAGCGGUGUACUUGGGUACACCGACCGUAUUGUCCUAUCUGGGCCUACCUCUGUUUCGCUCGCUUUUGCGGAAUAGGAGAGUGUUAUGCUAACUGCACGUGCAGCAGUGUUGCUCGAGCGUAAUAUGUGAAAUGUAUAGGUUACAACACUUGUGUCGCUGUGUAUGUUGCAAAGAGGAUGUUGCACUAAUACCGGAUGUGGGACGCGCGAGUGGAUGAUCGAGUUCGCGUUCAAGAACUGAAUACUUGCAGUUAGCUAGGUAUCAAGCUUCACAUUGAGACGCCCCGGGUGGAGUCUUGGUGCGAUGUCCUAUGUAUGUACGUCACCCGCAAUUUGUACCAGAUUUCGAGAACGUGCAUGUAUACCACAAAGCAACGGACCAUAUUCCUUGCAUCAACCUUCACUUGCAGCAAGUCGAUGCAUAUAUUGUAUUCUUAAUUAUUAGUUGUUCAAGCUCUCGAGUACUGCAAUCAGGGCAAAAGUGUCAUUAAGAAAUGCAUAGCCUAUCGUCCACAGCACUAUAUUGAACGUACCUUAGCUCCACACCUGCUCCAUAAAUCUUUAUUUUCGAAGCCUUCAAGACAGCCUAAGAAUGAAGUAUGUGACGGGCUUUACAGGCUAGAUCUCCACAAAACUGUGUCGUGUGCAUUGUUAUAUAUUUUGCGUAUACUUCCUUUGCCCUUUACAAU